CUAAUAGUACCAACUUGAAAUUGCCAAUCAAUCAAUCAGUCAAUCAAUCAAGCGCCCACAGGUGCUCUUUCUACUCUCGCCAUGUCUGACAUAGUUUGGCGACCAGAAGAUGAUCCAAAUAUUAGACCACCGAAGCAGGAGGGCCAGGUAUACAGGCCUGACAUACUCAACGUAAUUGACACGACCCUUGAUGGACUAAGCAGCGAGCUGAGGGCUUUAAGUCUCGAUAUUCAUGGUAAUCAACCCUUAGGGCGGUACUUCUCUUUUUUCUCAACGCAUCUUAUAUUGACGCAUUUUCGAAAGGCCAUCCAGAGCUGAAGUUCGAAGAAAAGUAUGUUGGAUCUCAUCGCACGCCAUAGCUAUGCGCAGACACUCAGAGCAUCAUCACAGAUAUGCCCACGAUGCAUACACUGCAUUUAUGGAAAAACAUGGUUUUGCAGUGACUAAGAGUUAUCAUCUUGAGACUGCGUGGGUGGCUACCUACACCCAUGGACAAGGAGGGCACGUUUUGGGUGUCAACUCUGAGAUGGAUGCGCUUCCUGGGAUCGGACACGCUUGUGGACACAAUCUUAUUGGGAUAUCUGGAGUGGCGGUAGCUCUUGCAGCUAAGGCUGCUAUGGAGAGGCUGAAUAUCGAUGGAAAGGUAGUUCUGUUGGGUACACCUGCCGAAGAGGGUGGGUUUGGCAAGGUCAUGCUGUAUGAAAAGGGGGCUUAUGAUGAGAUGGAUGUGUGCCUCAUGUGCCAUCCCGCACCUGGCCCUCGCCACUCCAUUAGUCUGUCUGGCUGCUUGGCUAUCUCUCGCAUCACGGUGGAGUAUAAAGGCCAUACCGCUCACGCCGGGUUAAGCCCCUGGGAGGGACUAAAUGCACUUGAUGCGGCCGUCCUCGCAUACAAUAACGUUUCCCUUCUUCGUCAGCAGAUCAAACCUACCCAUCGCGUGCACGGCGUCUUUGAAGGCAAGGAUUGGGCUCCAAACAUCAUCCCAGACCAUGCUAUAAUGCAGUGGUUAGUCCGUGCUCCCACAACAUCAGAGAUGGAAGAUACUAGGAAGCGCGUCAUUUCCUGCUUUGAAGCGGCUGCACUCGCAUCUGGAUGCAAAGUUCAAGUUACGAUCGGAUCGGUAGGCAACGAAAUCAGGCAAAACAAAGCACUUGGCGACGAGCUUGCUGAUGUCGUUCUGAAGCGCUAUGGUUCCAUCGACUAUGAAUGGGGUAUCAAGAGUGCUUCUACUGAUUUCGGGAACAUAUCAUACUUGAUGCCUGGUCUUCACCCUGGUUUUUCCAUCCCGACCAUUCCAGACGGCGGGAAUCAUACACCAGGAUUCACGGAAGCUGCACGUUCCGAAGCAUCCCAUGACGCCUGUUUGGUGGUAUCGAAGGCACUCGCAGCUGUAGGCAUGCGAGUACUGACUGACGACGUGUUCUUCCAAAAAGUCAAAGACACAUUUGAGGAAGAUAAGAAACUAAGAGCGUAAC